UUCUUUUUCUUUUAAUUUUGUUUUUCCGAUAAUCCAAAACUAUCUGAUUUGAGCUGAGAAAAAGGAAAUGAGCUACGACAAAGUCCCGCCGGAAUCAUAUCCUCCUCCAGGAUACCAAUCUCACUAUCCACCUCCUGGUUAUCCAUCGGCGCCACCGCCGCCGGGAUAUCCUUCUCCUCCGUCGCAUCACGAAGAAUAUCCUCCUCCACCUCAGUCUCACGGAGGAUAUCCAUAUCCACCACCGUCUUCACGUCCUUACGAAGGCGGUUAUCAAGGUUACUUCGCCGGAGGAGGAGGAGGUUAUCCUCAUCAUCAUCAGGGACCGCCGCCUCCCCCUCCGCCGCAGUACUACGAUCACUGCCAUCACGAUCAUCACCAUUACCAGGAUUCUGACUCUGGUUGCUCCUCUUUCCUCCGUGGCUGUCUUGCUGCUCUCUGCUGUUGCUGUGUGUUGGAGGAAUGCUGCUUCUGAGAAUGUUCGUCUCUGCUGAUUUCAUCAUUUACAGUCAAAAUUUGUCCAAUCAAAGACAUAUGCCAUAACUCUCUAUGUUCUAUCAUGUUUCAUUGUCUGUUAAUGUUUACCUCUUUGUUUGAGAGUGCACUCAUCCAGGGCAUGGAUGGAUUAGACAAAUAGGUUUCUUGUGGAUGUUACUUUGUAAUUUUUAUGUAAUAUUUGGAAAACAUGUUUGACAUAUCAGUUCUUUCAAAGGCUGAAUUAUAUGGUAUAAUAUUAAUAUGAUGCAUUAUUAUAAGAGAAA